CAGUUCGUCGCGUAAACAUCAGUGAGAUCCCGGAUCUCGUUCGUGGGUUUCACUCGCAAAUAUAAAUAGUUCGACAGAUCGUCGCACGGUGCUUCAUUGAGUUUAGUGAGAAAAAAUUCUCUCGAUAUGAUGUACGUGAUCGUUUUGUCGGUGAUAGUCGGCGCCUUGGGUCUCUAUAACUUCCUCUUCAAGAACAUAAACGUAUUCAAGAAGCAUGGCAUACCGUACAUUCAGCCUUUCCCCUACGUAGGCAACAUGGGAUUGACGAUUCUGCGUAAGCAGUCUUUAGCCGACAUCAUAAAAAAUAUAUACAACGUGCAUCGCGAGGCUAAGUACAACGGUAUGUUUGACUUAACAUCAGCAAUAAUAUUGGUACGCGACCCUGAACUCAUCAAGUCUGUAGCGCUCAGAUACUCCGACACGUUCCCGAAUCAUCGCACCUUCGUCACAGAAGAUCAAGAUCCGUUGGUAGCGAAAAAUCUCUUCUCCCUAAAAGACGACAGGUGGCGGGAGAUGCGAACCAUGCUGACCCCGGCUUUCACUUCCAGCAAGAUGAAGAGCAUGUUCAAACUGAUGUCAGACUACGCUGCUGACUUCGCUAAUUUCAUAGCGGAAUUACCGCUGGACCAAGAGGUGAUACAGACGAAAGACAUCUUUAGGCGGUACACCAGCGACGUAAUCGCCACCUGUGCCUUUGGUGUCAGCGUCGAUUCCAUGCGAAACCCGAAGAACCUCUUCUUUGUGUACGGCAAAGAAGCGACUACUUUUAACAUUGUCGCCCUCUUGAAAAUAUUUAUGUUUAGAAUGUUGCCGUCGGUGGCAGCUCUGCUUAGACUGAAGUUCGUUCGCAAUGUGAUCGCGAAAUUCUUUUACGACCUUGUGGACACCACCAUCAAGACCAGGGACGAGAAAGGUAUCGUCCGACCUGACAUGUUGCAGCUGAUGAUGGAAAGUAGGGGAAAGAAAGAAGGUAGGAACGAAUUGACGAUCGAGGACAUGACCAGCCAGGCCUUCGUUUUCUUUUUUGGCGGCUUCGACAGCACGUCGACGUUAAUGUCUUUCGCUGCACACGAGAUUGCCGUGAAUGAGGACGUGCGGAAGAGACUGCAGAACGAGAUAGAUCAAGUACUGGAGGACACGAAUGGCGAAGCGCCGUAUGAUGCGGUCAGCAGCAUGGAAUACCUGGACGCUGUAAUAAACGAGACUCUCAGGAUGUAUCCGGUUCUCGCCGCAACGGACAGAGUAUGCAUAAAGGAUUUCGUAUUGCCGCCGACGUUACCGGGUGCGGAACCUUUUAUCGUGAAGAAAGGGGAAGCCAUAAUGAUUCCAAUUUUUGGGCUUCAUCAUGACCCUAAAUAUUUCAAGGAGCCGGAGAAGUUUGAUCCUGAACGGUUUCUCGGCGAACAGAAGAAGGUCACCCUGAACAGCGGAGUGUAUCUCCCGUUUGGCUUGGGCCCCAGGAUGUGCCUAGGUGUUCGAUUUGCCCUGAUGGAGACGAAAGUAUUACUCUUUCACAUGUUGGCACGUUGCGACCUGCUACCUUGCGAGAAGACACCGAUACCGCUCAAAUUAGCCAACGAUGGUUUCGUCAUGAAGCCCGAAGGUGGUUUCUGGUUGAAAGCAGUGCCGAGAAAGGCGCCACAUCGUUCUAUAGCAGUUAAUAUCGCGAUCGACGGACACAAUCUGUAAGGAUAUAUUUUUGUUGCUUUUUUGUUGUUGUCAAAUAUUAGGAUCUCACAUGAGAUAAGUAUGAGGGAAACAUUUAUAAUUAAUAUGAAAUAAAAUCCGUAUUAAGGUUACAAAGGUAUAUAGUAAUAUAUAUGUAGGGGAAAGUUUUUUUUCAUCCUGAAAUUUAGUGGUAACUGAAAACUACUAUUACAUGAUAACAUAGGAACCGGUUUGUUGGCAAAUUUAGAUGUAAUAACACAACACUUGGACGCAUGUUACGUGCUGCGUAUCGAUUACUGAAGGAAAGCAGAAGAAUAUAUUACGUUUCGUGCUUAUGAUGUGUUGAGCAUUUUCUAUUCGUAAGCAGUAAAACGUCCGGAAGACAUGAUUCUAAUGAAAAACGUUACGUUACGAAUUACGUUCGUUAAUGUCGCAAUACGUUACGGUGAUUAUUUUCGAAAUAAUAAUAGACGUUUUGCUUAGUUUGCUUAAUUCUACUUGCAUAGCUCUUGCUCAGUCCUACUUAUAAGUAAAUUUAUAUAUUAUGUUAGAAAUUCUGCGGGUAA